UGCGCGCACCGGAAGUGACGUCCAGACGCGGGCCAUGGCGCUCACCCCGGUGCUGCGGCGGCUCCGCGGGCGGCGGGUGGUGCUGGCGAGCGCGUCCCCGAGGAGGCGGGACAUCCUGGGCUACACGGGUCUCCGGUUCGAGGUCGUGCCCUCCCGGUUCCCCGAGACGCUGGACCCCGCGGCAUUCGCGACCCCGCACGACUACGCCCGCGAAAACGCGCGGCGGAAGGCGCUGGAGGUGGCGCUGCGCCUGCGCGCGAAAGACCAGCGGGCCCCGGAUGUCGUCAUUGGAGCCGACACCGUGGUGGCCGUGGACCAGGAGAUCCUGGAGAAGCCAGAGGAUAAGGAGGACGCCAUGCGGAUGCUGCGCAUGCUGAGCGGGCGCCAGCACAGCGUCAUCACGGCCGUGGCCAUCGUCCUCUCCCCUACCCCCGAACCCGGAAGUGACACCGUGGCCCCGCCCCCCGACCCGGAAGUGGCCUCGCUGUUCCACGAGGAGACGCGGGUGACGUUCUCGGAGCUGACGGAGGAGCUGAUGCGUGACUACGUGGACAGCGGGGAGCCCAUGGACAAGGCCGGCGGGUACGCGCUGCAGGCGCUGGGCGCAGCACUGGUGGAGCGCGCGGAGGGCGACUUCCUGGGCGCCGCUGGCUUCCCGCUGAACCGGUUCUGCCGCGAGCUGCAGGGGCUGCUGGGGGCGACCUCCGACCCCGUGUGACGUCAUCGCCGUGGGACGGGUUUGCGUCAGUCAUUCAUCCCCGGGGCCCCGCCCCUCCUUGUCCUCUUUCCCGGCUGCCAAUCACCUCCCUGUCCCGCCCCCCCCUUCCUCCAGGCCCCGCCCACUUCUGGCUGCCGUGGAGAAUCCUGGGAUCGACCUAUGACCUGCGCCCCCUCCCUUUCACCCCCCCGUGACGUCAGGGACUAUGUGACGACCCCGUGACCUGUGUCCGGGUGACCUCUGACCCCUGGCUACCCCCCCCCCCCCACUGCGACCCGAGUUCGAGUCCUCGAUUCAUCAGAAGUUGGGGGGGGGAAAUAAAUCCUCGCG